ACGAAAAGAAUUUUUUUUAUUUAGCCCUUUGAUAGUUUUUUUCUUGAAGAGAAGGCACCCAUGAGGCCUUGUAGUUCAUGACCCAACCGCUAUAUAUUUCCACCAUCUUCUUCUUGGAGGAUUUAGUAUAUACUUUAUAUUUCUCUUCUUUCUCGCUAUCUCUCGGCGUUUGCGUGUGGGCCAUUCUUUAUCUAUAUCAAUACGGUUGAUCGGCCACCCUUCUCCAACCGAUCAUCCACCAAUAAAGUUAUCUUGUGUUACCGGAACUUAUUUGACAACUAAGUCAACUUGACUUUUUCUUUGAAAGUCAAAUUCAGAAAUUCACACAUCUUGAGGAUAAGGUUCCUAAUUUGAGUUUUUGAUACUAGUAUGGUGUUUGAGUUUCUUUGGCUCAUCAAUGACAACAUAAUUGGCUAAGGUAUUGGUGAGAUCUAAAGCUAAAUAGCUUGCAGUUGUUGACGUUGCUAUGGGGCAUAGACAUUUAUUCAGUUCUUCCCAAAUGUUUGAGAACGAGAAUGAACAGGGGUGGAAUCAUUCUGACCAACCUUACAUGCAUUUGGCAAGGCCUGGGGCACCUGAAAACAGUGCUCUUCCUUAUCCUCCAGAUAAUAUGACUCUUGAUGAGGGCCAUUUUACUGCACAGUGGAAUUCGGCACCCAGGUCAACUCCUGGAUACUCUUCCUCUGGUGUCAAUGUUGAAAUGCCGCAUUAUCAACCACAGGUUCCAGGUCCAUCUCGUGAUCCUUUCCUGCAUCCAUCAGCUGUUGGAAGCCUAAACAUGGCCCAAGAAAAUUAUGCACAUCAAGCAUCCUCAUCCAGCCAUGGUGGACAAACUUUUCAUGGGGUUGAUGGUGGCUUUUUUGAGCUUUCCAUGGGCAAUGGUAGAGGACCAUACAAGCGAAAAAGCCCUGGCAUUCCAGCAGUUUGUGAGAGGGGCAACACAAGCCGAUAUUAUGAUGCUGGAAGUUCUUCUGAUCAUUCCUUUCCUGCUGACUCAUGGCUGGAUAAACAAAGUACUGACCCUCAUCAUUCACCUUGGGAUUUUGCUCCCAGUUAUAGAGGCAAUGGCCUUUCUAUAGGCAGUGAAAGCAGUCUGAGGAAUGUGAGAAGUAGACCUGCAUUUGACUUGGAGAGCACCCCAGCCCGAAGCCAUUUGUCAAGUAACCCUUCCCACCAUCCGUUUCCUGGGCAAACCACUGAUCAUCCUAGCUCUGUGGAUUUGCUGGCUCAGAGUUCAAGUGCUCCUUCAAGGGAAUGGAAUUAUACUUUUGCAUCAUCUGCUUCAAAUGGGAGGAAUGUUACCUCUGAUACCAAUUUCAUUUGUCAUGAAAUAAAUCAGUUUGGUGCACUAAAUGGUAAUCCUGGUGCCUCACUUGAGAUUGGGGGAUAUGUAAAUGAUUUUUCCUCAAACAGAAACCCUGCGCCUCAAGCUUUGCAUGGUACCUCAAGUCAAUAUUCCAGAGGAGUUCGAAGCAGCUACAGCCACAGGCCUAUGCCUACAUUCAGGGCUUCUUCAAGCAACAUGCAGGUGGCAAGCACAGCUCCAUGUGAUGAAGGGUUACAGUUGGUUUCAGAGAGUUAUGCCUCCAGACAUCCACGGCCAUUUUCUACUAUAGGAAUCCGAAAUGGUGAUAGGAAUGGCCGAAGCAGGAUACCGAGUGAUAGAUACAGAUCAUUUUCUGAUCAUGCUGGUUUUCAUGAGCGACCAACACCUGAGGGUCUCAUGAGUAUGGAUCGAUCUGCUAUUUAUGGUUCUAGAAGUCUUUUUGAUCACCACAGAGACAUGAGACUUGACAUAGACAAUAUGAGCUAUGAGGAACUUCUUGCGCUUGGGGAGAGGAUUGGGACUGUAUGCACUGGCCUGUCGGAGGAUUCACUUUUUAAGUGUCUCACAGAGUCGAUAUAUUGUUCAUCAGAUCAACUGCAAGAGGAAGGAACAUGUGUUAUCUGCCUGGAAGAGUACAAGAACAUGGAUAACGUGGGGACUCUGAGAUCCUGUGGCCAUGAUUUCCAUGUCGGUUGCAUCAGAAAGUGGUUAUCUAUUAAAAACUCAUGUCCAAUCUGCAAAGCUUCUGCCUUGGCUGACAAUAUGAAGGAGGAAUAACCUUAUUCGUAUUCCAGUAAAUUACUGUUUUAAAUUUGUGUACAUAUGUAUUUAAUGUGCCCCUCAAAUGGAUGAAAUGGCAUAAUUACAGAGAACUUGUAAUGCAAAUCCUCGUUCAUUCCAA